GAUACUUGUGGUACAGAAACGGUACGCAGUUCAAUGCAGGGCAGAGAGAAAGAGAGAGCGCGCAAAGCGUUCUGUACAUCAGCGCUUUUCCGCUUUCUGGCUGCUCUCUGGUGUGACCGGGGAGAAAGCGGAAGGAAUAUGGUUCCAUCUCGCGUUCCUCCCGCUGCAGCGCGUUCAUAACGGAGCUCUCGUGCGGGAGGCUGGGGGUCGUACUCGGUCCACCAAAUAACAAGAUUCCUGUCUUUCCAGUUAAACACGGUAGUCCUUGCAGCAGGAGCGGAGCGUCACGGGAACAGAUGGUGGAGGCGGUGGUAGAGUUUGACUACGAGGCUCAACAGGAGGAUGAGUUGAGUCUGCAUGUUGGUGACAUCAUCGUCAAGGUAAUGAAGGAUGACGGAGGAUGGUGGGAAGGAGAGAUAGACGGACGGAGGGGGCUGUUCCCAGACAACUUUGUCAGGGAGAUAAAGAAGGAUGUGAAGAGAGAGGCUAAGUCUGAUCUCUCCAAUGGCAGUGCAAGCCCUGUGUCUGAGCCCAGCCUACGACCAGCCAGGAAAGGUGGAGGAGGGCUGGUGGGAGGGCAGUCUGAAUGGUAAGACAGGGAUGUUUCCCUCCAACUUCACCAGAGAGCUGGAGGACACCCCCGCUUCACUAGACACAUCCACUAGGUCAUCACAGGAGGAGCUACGCAGCAGCAGGACCAGUAAAGACAGUCCAGGCAGUGAGAGUGAUGGCGGAGAGAGUCGCUCUGACAGCGGAGAGAUUCAACCCAAAAAGGUUCGAGGGUUCGGGUUCGGUGACAUCUUUAAAGACCAGCCCAUCAGACUGAGACCUGCAUCUGAAGAUAUGGACACAGAGGGAGAGAAGACACAGGUUAGAAAUCACCCUCUUGUUGCCCCGGAAACAAUGAAGGCGGAACCUGAGGGCAAGGUGAAAGGCCGUGAGCUGUGUAAAGUCAUCUUCCCAUACGAGCGCCAGAACGAAGACGAGCUGUCAAAAGAGGGAGAGAUCAUCUCCAUCAUUAACAGAAAAACUAAACCAUCGACGCGCAAUGAGACCAAGAGUCUCCGACCGCAGACACGCUCCCAGAUCAUCAGCACAGUACCUGACAGUAAGUGUGUGCUGCCCCCCAAGCCUGCGGUCCUCCCCCCACUUUCCACAGGAAGCCUGGCCCUCCACCCAACAAGCCCAUCCCCUUCAACUGUAAACCACACCUCUUCCGGUUUAAGCCCCUCCCCCGAGCAUAGGCCGACACCCACCCUGGAGGAGCUGAGAGGACAGCUUAGAGAGCUGAGAGCCUCCGUAGAACUGCUGAAGAGCCAACACAGGCAGGAGAUGAAGCAGUUGUCUAGUGACCUGGACGAGGAGAAGAGGAUCCGCAUUACUCUACAGAUAGAGGUGGAGCAGAUUAAGAAGAGUUUAGCUAAAUGACCCUUCACCCCUCCGCUGCGCACACUGAUGACAUCACCACACACUGCAGCCAGAGUUUAACAUCAUCCCGAGGCAGGGUUCAGCUGAACUAGUUUGUGCCAAAAAACAACAACAAAAAUGACAGACGCUCCCAAUCCCUCACUCCGUCUGUUAGUUUGUUUGUGUUGAAAAGGCUUGUUUAUUUGUUUGUUUCCUGCAAUCUGAUUGGAGUGCUCUGCAUCAGGGGAGUGGCCUCAAGUUCUCACCUGUCUGUCACCACGGUACUCAAAACACCUGGAACACCUAUUCCUCCUGUUUGUGUCUGUGUGUGUCAAAUUACAAGGUUUCCAUUGCAACCCCUCACUGUGGCCUUCCUUCCGGUUUUAGACUCCUUCCUUCCCUCCUCCCCUCCUUCCUUCCUUCCUUUCUUUCAGAUGACAAAGAGAAAGUGUCUUGUUUUUUUCUUGGUCAUUGCUCUCCAGGAAAGUAAAAUAGACUUUUAUAUUCCAGUGUUCUAAAGAUGAAGAGUAUGGAUGUGUGCCGAUUUUAAUAAAAAAACAUCAACCAA